GACCCUUCCCUGCUCCAAACACACUCCUCUGCUUCACUCUUCUCUCGUGCUCCCCGCUGCUUCGGAGCUCUGAUCCCCUGUUUACCUCCUGGUUAAUCGUGCUGACGUCACUUCUGUCCGUCAGUCCGCGUCACCGCUGUCUUACCGUUUGGUGUUGCUCUCAUCAUGGAAGAUCUUGUUACAGAUGGGAGCAUGGGGUGACAGACAGGCAGACGCUCAGUGCUGUUCAGUAAACAGAGAGACUAAAAUCAACUAUUGUCACCGUUGAGAGAGAGAGAGAGAGAGAGAGAGAGAGAGAGAGAGAGAGAGAGAGAGAGAGAGAGAGAGAGAGAGAGAGAGAGAGAGAGAGAGAGAGAGAGAGAGAGAGAGACGUGCACCAUGUGUCAAGCGGAGGUCAGUCCGGGUCUCAACAGCCCCGACCCGCUGGUGAGGGAGGGCUACGUCAUGGCCCACGACUACAUCGCCUACGUCACGGCGGGCGGCCUGGACGGCGGGCGCGCUGUGGGUCGGCCCCUGUCCCGGUGCGCCGCGGCGCUGCGCUACGCCGCCGACGAGCUCCUGCUGCGCUUCCCCAUCUUCUUCCGCCGCUGGCCGCGCGUCUUCCGGAACGUGAGCGAGACGACGGCGUGGCCGCUGCUCAUGUCCAUGCUGGACCAGCACUUCUUCCCCGGCGUGUCCCCCGGCGCGGGGGGCCGGCGGCGGGAGUUGGCGUGGAGCGCCGUGCUGUCCGUGUACGUGCUGGCGGGCCAGAUGGCGCUGCACUGCCAGGAGCAGGGCAUGCAGGGGGUCCUGCCAGAGCUCAAGGAGUCGGUGGGCGCCUACGUGGAGAGGGUGGUGUGCCCCGAGAUCCGCGACAAGGGGGGAUGGAGCGGCUUCGUGACACGCUUCGGACCCAAGACCAACCUGGAGAGUCAGGUGCAGAGCGCGUGCUGCUGGGCUCUGCUGCUGCUUGCCACCAGCAUCCUCUCCUACGUUUUCUGGAAGCGGAUAACUUGACCAACACUGCCACCCUCUGGACACAAUGGGAAUCUGUCCAUUUCUUUAUUCAACUUUACCACAUUCAUGUUACAAACUCUGGGAAUUGUGCUCAUGCUUUGAGUGUUAAUCUCAAGUAAAAUGUCAGAAAACCUCCACUAAACUGCAUUACUCAGGUCUGUUCAAGGACAUGGUUUGGAUGCACAUGGCCUAUUUUGUGACAUCACCUGCCGUUUUCAGUCAGGACUCAACCGUUAAGAAUUAGGAAUGCGUUCAGCUGUAGUUAUUAGCUCAGGUUUACUAGUCAGGCUACUUAUGCAACCAGAAAGAUAUGCUGCCGGUCAAAUGUUGCUUUAAGGCAUGUGAUGCAAAUCUAGCACUGACUGGAUUUACUGAACUAAUCUAGAGAAUUGUUCGACCAUGCCUAGCACAUGAUUUUGCAGACCAAUCCAUAAGCUAGCACACCACACUUUAUAUACAGUGUAGGUAUACACUGCGUCAUGUUUUUGACCGCAGGCUGAGUAUAGAAGGUAAACCAAGACCGUCUGUAAAAGAACGUUUUUAUUAACAUGUAGUUUCUGUACAAACAGGACGACAAGGGACAGAAAAAAAAAAAACAAGAACACUGGAA